AAUUCCUUUUGCACCAUUCAACUGCAUUAGAAAACUAGCUGCUCCUCCUCUCCUUUGCAUAUGGAUUUAUCUCCAGCUUUUUAAUGAUUCAAUUAAAGACUCAAAUUUCUUACAGAGGAAAAAUAAUUGAAAAGGGAGGCUUGAAUUUAGUCACAAGGGAUACAAAUUCCUUUCAGAUAUUAAAUGCUCAAAAAGUGGUAAAUUAGGAAUAUUUAAUAUAGGAAGUUUAUAUGGCAUUUGGACUUCCUUCUGGAUUUUGUAUGGAGUUUUUUCAAUUCUCGCAAUUUAGUGGCCUUUCUGUUGCAAAAGUGGAAACUCGUCAUCAUCUGCUUUAGUAGACCAAAAACUGACUUUUUAAAGAGAUUAAAAGGAAAGUUCUGAUCUGGGUGAGACAUGGCUGAAAACUGGAAGAACUGUUUUGAAGAAGAGCUUAUAUGUCCUAUUUGUCUGCAUGUCUUUGUGGAACCUGUCCAACUUCCUUGUAAGCACAAUUUUUGUAGGGGAUGCAUAGGAGAGGCUUGGGCCAAAGAGUCGGGGCUAGUGCGUUGUCCUGAGUGUAAUCAGGCUUACAACCAGAAGCCCAAUCUUGAAAAGAACUUAAAAUUGACCAACAUUGUGGAGAAAUUCAACUCUCUUAAUUUGGAAAAGACUCCCUCAGUCUUACAUUGUGUCUUCUGCCGCCGUGGGCCACCUUUGCCUGCACAGAAGAUCUGUCUAAGGUGUGAAGCUCCAUGCUGUCAAUCCCACGUUCAGACACACCUGCAACAGCCUUCUACAGCACGUGGGCACCUCUUGGUGGAGGCGGAUGACGUCAGGGCUUGGAGUUGCCCCCAGCACAAUGCUUACCGACUGUAUCAUUGUGAAGCUGAACAGGUUGCUGUUUGCCAGUUCUGUUGCUACUACAGUGGUGCACACCAAGGGCACUCAGUAUGUGACGUGGAGAUCCGACGCAAUGAGAUUAGGAAGAUGCUGGUAAAGCAGCAGGACCGUCUGGAAGAGCGUGAACAAGACAUUGAGGAGCAGCUGUACAAGUUGGAAUCUGACAAGCGCCUGGUUGAAGAGAAGGUGAGCCAGCUGAAGGAUGAGGUGCGCCUACAGUAUGAGAAGAUGCAUCAGAUACUUGAUGAGGACCUGCGCAAAACAAUGGAGAUCCUUGACAAGGCCCAAGCCAAAUUCUGCAAUGAGAAUGCUGCCCAGGUGCUGCAUUUGAGCGAACGCAUGCAGGAGGCCAAGAAACUGCUAAGCUCUGUUCAGGUCAUGUAUGACAAGACAGAAGACAUCAACUUCAUGAAGAAUACAAAGUCGGUGAAGAUCUUGAUGGAUAGGACUCAGAACUGCACAGGAGGCAGUCUGCCCCCUCCUAAGAUUGGCCACCUCAAUUCCAAGCUCUUCCUGAAUGAGAUUGCCAAGAAGGAAAAACAAUUGCGGAAGCUCCUGGAAGGUCCCUUCAGUACCCCUGUGCCAUUCCUGCAGAGCAUCCCUAUGUACCCCUGCAGCGUCAGUAACUCAGGAGCCGAGAAACGCAAGCACUCCACAGCUUUCCCAGAAGCCAGCUUCUUGGAGCCAUCCUCGGGACCCGUUGCCAACCAGUACGUCAGCCAGGGGGCUUCGGCUGGUGAAGGCCAGUCUGCACAACCCAUGGUGCCUUGUAGCUCCACGCAGCACAUAGUGGGACUCCCCAGUGGCCCCCAACCAGUUCACUCCAGCUCCAUGUUCAAUCCUUCUCACUAUCCCAACAGCACAUCAUCUCAGCAGUCCGUGCUGUCUCAGUAUGGUGGGCGCAAAAUUCUUGUCUGCUCAGUGGACAACUGUUACUGUUCCUCCGUAUCUAAUCACAGUGGGCAUCAGCCCUAUCCACGAUCCGGCCACUUUCCAUGGACAGUGUCAUCACAGGAAUAUUCCCACCCACUCCCACCUGCUCCAUCUGUACCUCAGUCGCUUCCAGGAUUGGCAGUGAGAGAAUGGAUUGAUGCAUCUCAGCAACAUGGACGCCAGGAUUUCUAUAGAGUUUAUGGUCAGCCUUCCACCAAACACUAUGUCACCAGUUAACCAUCUGGUCUUGGUAAAAUCCUGUUGAUUUUUGAAUUUUUUUAAUCUAGUUUUUGUUGUUUUAAAUCAAAUUCAUUUCCAUCUAUCCCUAGCACAUGCCAGAUUCAGAGUGGGGCAUUGUUGUCAUCUAUUAUUUCUAAUUUAAUUCUUUAAAAUUCCUUUCUUUGUAUCAGGUUGGGGAUGGGAAACUGAUGGGAAAAAUUAACAAGAAUUUCAGUCAAGUAUUUGCUUUGGAUCAUGUGACAUGCUACUUUCCUGAGGGGAAAGCUUAAAGGGACAGAUGAUCCUUUUUAUUUCAAAGUCUGGGCUCUUUGGUUUUCUUUUUAAUUAUUUUUUCCUUCCCAUUUUUAAGACAAAUUUCUAUCAUUGAUUCAUUAAGAAAUGACACUUGUAGAGGUUUUUUUAAGGCUGAUUUUUUUUGUGUGUUAAAAGGCCACGUAUCGUACAUAUUGGCAUUUUUUUCUUCUUUCAGAGAUUUGUAAAUACACAAUGGCAGGAAAUGAAAUGCACAAAAAAGGGAAAAGAAACUUAAAAAAAAAAUUAAAAAUCUGUUUUAGUUUCCAGGAGGGAAGUGUGUGCCUAAGUACACACAUGGCUUCCUGUGUUUUGUUGAUGCAACUUCCUCUAACAAGCACUUUGUAUUAAAAAAAAAGGACUUCCUGUUAUAAGAUGCAGGUAUUUAUUCUGUAACCAAUUUUAGAACACACACACAAAAUAUUCAAAUAAAUGUGAUCACUUAGUGCAAUGCCUGGUUCUGGUUUGCCUGUGUGGGCAUUACUGUACCCAACUGUGUCUGACAAUAAGGAUAUGUUGCUCAGAAAGGAAUCCGAUAGCCUUUAAAAAAUAGAUCACACUCUUCUUUGUCUAUGCAUUCCCUUGGGAAUAACUCUAAAUAGAUACUCAGUAAUGGGGUAAACAUUGAAAAAAUGGGUUGAACUACAGUAUCUGGCAGUAUCCUAUUUCUUAUUCAGUGAAAUAGGAAUGUCAUUUCUUUUUGGAUGUAAUGAAAACAUAUGGACCAAACAUGAAUCAUAACAGUAGUUCAGAAUAAAAAAAUACAUAUAAUGUAUGGGUGCUAUAAUUAAGAAUGAUAUGCACAUUGCAUAAUGGUCAGAUUUUGCUUCUUAUUUGCUAAAACCUGGUUAAAAUCUAAAAAUGUGAGAUUUGCAAAUUAAGAAAGAUAUGGUCAUAUUAAUUUGAUAAUCAAUGCAGUGCCAUAUUUUGUUUCUUGGGGGUAUCUCUUUCAUUUA